CCUGCCCGGCCGAGGCUCAGCCCCUUCCAAGCUUCCAGAACGCGGCGCCUUCGGGAGGCGGCGGGUGUGGCGGGGCGAGAAGAAUGGCGACCGCCAAACGCUGCGGAGGGCCGUUAGGGCUUGGAGAGCCCGAGAAGGCCGGUCUGUGGGCGCAAGCUCGCUCACCUUCUUGGGCCGUGGAGCUGGGUGCCAAAAGGGCGCGCCCUGCUUAGUCCUGACAAGGACGGACAAAGGCCUUAACGGGCCUGGAAGAGAUUUUGGAAAUUUGAUGAAGAAUGUUAUAAAAAGUAUGGGAACGUGUGGGGGGUAUAUGAAGGUCAAUGGCCUGUGCUGGCUAUCACGGAAUCCCUACAUGAUCAAGACAGUGCUAGUGAAAGAGUGUUACUCUGUCUUCACAAACCAGCAGCCUUUUGUUCCAGUGGGAUUUAUGAAAAGUGCCAUCUCUAUAUCUGAAGAUGAAGAAUGGAAGAGAAUACGAGCAUUGCUAUCUCCAACCUUCACCAGUGGAAAACUGAAGGAGAUGUUCCCCAUCAUGAGCCAGUAUGCAGAUGUGUUGGUGAGAAACCUGAAGCAGGAAGCAGAGAAAGGCAACUCUGUCACCUUGAAAGACAUCUUUGGGGCCUGCAGCAUGGAUGUCAUCACGAGCACAUCAUUUGGAGUGAACAUCGAUUCCCUCAACAACCCACAAGAUCCCUUUGUGGAAAAGACCAAGAAUCUCUUUAGAAUUUAUUUCUUAGAUCCACUCUUUCUCUCAAUAAUUCUGUCUGAUCUGGAGCUCAUAGUCCAGUCAAUUGCCUUCAUUUUUGGUGGGUAUGAGACCACUAGCAGUGUUCUUUCCUUCAUUAUGUAUGAACUGGCCACUCACCCUGACAUCCAGCAGAAACUGCAGGAGGAGAUUGAUGGGACUUUGCCGAAUAAGGAGAGUGGAUGGUAAAUGGAGAGGGAGGGAGGAGGUGCAGCCUUAGCAAGAAUGCCUGCUCACCACUUCCUAGGAGGAGUUUCCCAAAUGUGUAAGCCUUGAUUUUUUCACAGACACUACUUAGGAAGGCUCUAAAGAGGAAAUGAAAGGGAUAAAUAUACGUAAUGGACGCUGCUCCCAGAAAUAUAUGACAUUUCUAAAACAUUGCUGGUCCUCGUGCAUCUAUUAUCAGUUACCACAAUAAUGAAAAAAAAACAAAAGAACAAACAAACCAGAAAAACUUAGUGCCAUCUAAGAAUAAGCAUUUGUUGCUCACUUGUCUGGAUAGAUAGCUUAGCAGGCUCUUGUCUGGCUAUUGUCUGAUUGUGCCUGGCCUCAGGUGCACUGGGCACGUGGACCCAGCUCUGCCCGACACCUGUCUCAUGCUGCAGUCAUGGAGCUAGUGGUACAGAAGCCAAGUAGGAACCAGGUUAUCUCGCUCCUGUGGAACCUCUUGACAUCCUCACUACUGCCUCCAAAUACAAGACGAAGUGCUAGUGACAUAUCACCCACAGUCUUUUCAGAUCUCUGCCCAACUGGGAUCCUUUGUGAUGUGAAGAGACCUGACCUCUGGGGCUGGCGAGGCUGCUAAGGCAGUGAGGUGAACACAAAGGGAUCUUUUAUAGAGCUGAUAGUCAAUCCCUUAAGCAGCAAGUAGUAGACUGAGCAAAAGGGGAGGGGAUGGGGCUGAAUGUGGGAUUUCUAUCCCCUUUAUAACUUUUACUAGAUUGAAAUUGUUUACCCUGGUAGCUUCUAAUCUUUACCUUCUUUCAUCCUGUUUCCGUAAGAGAUUGACUAAUUUAUCCUCAAAUUUUUAUAGAGGUUGUUAUGGUAUUUCUACCCAUAUUUCAUAUAUGUAAUCAAAAGGGUAACUGAGCAAGAUUUCCAACUAAAAAGCCUUAAGUGGAACAGGGGGAUUUGCUCUCUACAUGCUCUUUUCCUUCCCUAGGUACACAUGUGGCCUUGUUUUUGCAAGGUGACUUCGACUUUGACAUAUUGUAAUGAAAUGUAACAUUCAUCCACUCUUGACAUUUGUUCAUGAGAGAA